AUCACUAAAGAUAUCAUUUGGAUUUCAGAGUAAAGUUUUCUGAGCUCGGUGAAAGUAUCCUAAGAUGUCUUCAAACAAGGCGAUUUCUUUUGCAAUUUUCGUUUGUCUAGCCUUUUUCUUACUUUUCAAACGGUUGGACGCAAGACCUCUAGAGUUUGAAGCCUCGAUCGUACAGAACGUUACACAAAAUUUGCAAAAAUUAGAUGCUUCUAUUAAUGACAACAUAAUCAGGAAGGAUUUCUACAUCCUGGAAUACCCGGAGGAAAUUAUUGCUGAAGAAGUGGAUGCGUUCAUGCAGAAGAUGGAACAGAGACGCCAGUUUGAGCUGGAUCGUUACAUUGCGCGCUUGUUUUCCGAAUUCAAGAAACGUGAACAAGACGGAACACUGGAUGUUGCACGUGUUUAAUCAAUUUUAAUCUUAAAUCUGUAACCUAAUUGAAAGUUUGUUAAGUUAUUUUUUGGAAAUUAUC